AUGAAAGAUCUCCCCCCCGGUCUCCUCGCCCGGAUGCGUGAGGCCAUCAUGGCCGAUCCGCAAUUACCCAGGCCCAAUCCGACCAUCGCUCUAUGGCAGGAACCGGCGCAUCCAACGGUAGCCAGCAUCCAGUCGGACACCCUCCCGCCGCAGACAGACUUUGCCAUCAUCGGAUCCGGCAUCACCGGGUGCAGCGUGGCCAAGGGGUUAUUAGAGAGUCAGAAUGUGCCGGGAGCCCACAUCACUGUCCUCGAGGCACGCACGCUGGUCAGCGGCGCGACAGGACGCAAUGGCGGCCAUCUGGUCACCCCCGUAGGCCACACAUACUCGGAAUUUGUGGAACGGUUCGGGGAGGACAACGCGCAAGAAAUGGCGCGGUUCAGCAUCCGGAACAUCGACAAGGUCAUGGAGAUGAUCCGCGAACUGGAUCCGGCGCUCCAAGAGGCCAGCGAGAUACGCGACCUGCACAAGAUCAUGGUUGCCGGGGAUGCCGAUACCUGGGCCAAGUCGCGGGCUUCGCUGGCGGCCUUUCGCCAGGCAGUGCCGGAGUACAAGACAUACCAUGAGACCAUCACUCCCGAGGCAGUGUUGAGGGACUGGAACAUCAAGGAUGCCUUUGGGGCGAUUGCACACCCUGCCGGGGCUGUGUGGCCGUACCGACUCAUCACUGGGAUCUUCGAGCAGCUGCUCAAGAAAUAUCCCUCCCGCCUGGCCAUCGAGACCAACACGCCCGUAACAGCCAUCGCCUUCACCGGGAACAGUCCCUAUCCCUACGCUGUGACGACUCCCCGCGGGGUGAUCCAUGCCCGGCAGGUUGUCCACUGCACAAACGCCUUUGCGGCGCAUCUCCUCCCCCGGCUGCGAGGCAAGGUGUACCCCUUCCGCGGGACCAUGUCGGUGCAAAAGGCAGGCUCCUCGCUGGAGAAUGUAGGCGCCUCUCGAUCAUGGAGUAUGCUGCGGCGGAUGGAGCUGGAUCCAACGACUGCCCUGCUGCGUACGGGGCUGGUGUAUCUGCAGCAGAACGCCCGGACGGGGGAUCUCUGGGCGGGCACGGAGACAUCGAAUCUCUUCGACGUUCUGACUACAGACGACACAUAUGUGACCGAGGAUGCCAGGAGAAUCCUGCAGGACUUCCUCCCCACCUAUUUCGACAAGGGCUGGUCGCCGCAGGAGAGGCCUGAGAUGAAGGGGAUCUGGAGCGGGAUCAUGAGCUACACGGCCGACGGACUGCCCCUGGUCGGUCGUCUCCCAGAGUGCAUCACCGGCAGGCCGGGGGGGGCAGAGUGGAUGUCGGGGGCGUAUAAUGGGUACGGGAUGGACAAGGCGUGGCUGUCUGGGGAGGCGUUGGUGAAGAUGAUUGUGGGCGAGGGAGUGCCCAGCUGGUUUCCAAAAUGCUUUGUGGUGAGCGAGAAGCGAUUCAAGGAGGAUAUGUUGACGGAGCGCAUUAUAGAGAAGUUUGCUGCCUAUGCUCCUGGUACUGCACAUCUUUAAUAUUCACAAGCUCUUCUUAUGGACC